GUGUUGCAAGCAUGAAGGGGGGGAAAUGGGAACUUCGACGACAUUUCAUUCGAGAGUUCGUUGCGGAAAAGAAGAAUGUAGGCGCUGAGUAUGUUGGGAGACGACCGAUAAUGCGUUACGUUAAAACGAUCAGUGAGUUAGAAGAAGUAAACGAAAACGUUCUCACAGAUGAUGGAAAUGGAAAAAGAAAGGAUAAGAAAGAAAAGGAUAAUGAGGAGGAGAAAAGACAGAAAAGGAGGAAGAGCGAUGAAGAUAGUAUGGAAGAGGGUGCUGAAGAGGGAGGUGACGAAGGGGAGGAUAGGAAAGAAAUGAACAAUGAUGGAGAGAAAAGACAGAAAACGAAAGAGAGAGAUGAAGAUGGUAUGGAAGAGGUUGACGAGGAGGUAGGCGAAGAAGAGGAACCCGGCGCGGCGGAAGAUGAUAAAGCGGGAGCUGACAAAGGGAAAGGGAAUCAAGAGAUAGAUGAUAAAGAAGAAGUGGACGAAGAAAAAAUUGACAAAGAAAAGAAAGGAAAAAUAAAGAAAGGGGAUGAUGAAGAGAAAGAACAUUACGAAAGGGAAGGGGGAGAUGCAAGGGAAGGUGGUGAUGAAGAGGAAGGAGAUGAUGCAAUGAAAAAGAGUGACGAAGUAGGGCAAGAUGACGAUGAAGAGGAAGGGGAUGAUGAUGAAGGGGAAGGGGAUAAUGAAGAAGGGGAAGGGGAAGAUGCGAGGGAAACUGGUGAUGAAGGGGAAGGAGAUGAUGCAAUGAAAGAGAAUGACGAAGCGGAAAACCGUAAUGAAGAAAAAAAUGACGAAGAAGAGGAAGGUGACGAAGCAGAGCGUGGGGAUGAUGAAGAGGAAGAGGAUGAUGAUGAAGGGAAGGGUGAUAAAGAAGAAGGCGAUAAAAAGCAAGGCGAAGAAGGAGAAUGUGACGAAGGACAAGGUCAAAGUGGGAAAGACGAGGAAGAAAAAAAAGGCGAAGGUGAAAAMGAGGAAGGGGAUAACGAAUGGGAUUUUGAAGGAUUGAAUGAUGACGAUGAUGUGCAAGCAGAUGAUAAAAAUGAAAAUGACGAAUAUGAAGGUGGUGAAGAUGAAUAUGAUGAAGGAAAAUGCGAGAAGGGGGAAGGCAUUGGGGAAGACAAAGAAGACGAAGGUUGUUCCACCAGUAUGCCAUCGACGGGUAUGAUUACAACUAUCGAGCUUGCAAGCAGCCUGAAGGUGCGGGAAAGCGAAGAAGAAGGUCGAGCAAGAAUUUUAAGAGGGGAGAAAAUACCAAUAAAUUUGCACUAUGAUGUGGCGAAAGGAGGUGAGGGAUGGGAAAAGAUCGUGGAGGAGGAAGCAUUUCGAAAUUCAGAGAUGGAGCAAUCGGAUUAGAAUUUUAAGAGGGUUUGUAUAGUAUUUGAAUU